AUGGGCGAACAAUACUUGAACCUGCCGGUUGCUCCUGCAGAUAAGGCCUUCGGGUUGAUGGCUGAAUAUGAUGCAGAUUCGCACCCAAACAAAGUCUCCCUAAUCCCGGGGGCAUACCGCGACGAAGACGGACGACCAUGGGUGCUUCUAAGUGUGAAAGAGGCCAAAGCUCAUAUCCACCAAGAUCAAACUCAUGAAUACCUGGGCAUAGCAGGCUCCCCGGUCUUAAUAGAACAGGCUCAAUUACUCACCUUCGGAUCCAAAAUUACCGCGAGACUCAAAUACCAAAGUAUCGCCUCCAUACAGACAGUCUCGGGGACAGGCGCCAACCACAUGGCCGCCCAGUUCCUAUCCCAGCAUCUGCGCCCGGCCCGGGUCUUUAUUCCGUCGCCAACAUGGAUCAACCACAGAACCAUCUGGGCGAUGGCUGAGGUGCAGGUUCACGAUUAUCCAUACUAUGCACCACAGACGCGAGCCGUUGAUCUGGCAGGCAUGCUCGCUGUGCUGGAGAACACCGCUGAGGCCCGCGACGUGGUGAUUUUGCAGGCGUGCGCGCAUAACCCGACAGGGGUGGACCUCUCGCAGGCACAGUGGGCGCGAAUGAUGGAUGUCGUGAAGCGGAAGAAGCUGUUUGUGGUUUUUGAUAUUGCCUACCAGGGCUUUGCCACCGGCGACAUUGACGGCGAUGCGUGGUCAGUGCGCUAUUUUGUCGAGCAGCUGAUUCUGAAUGGCCCGCUGGAGCACCCUGGUCUGUGCGUAGCCCAGUCCUUCUCCAAAAACUUUGGGCUGUACGGCGAGCGCGUGGGCGCUCUUCAUCUUGUCGUACCCUAG